AUGAUAAAAUUUGUAGUUUUUCUACUAUUAUCGCUAAAUUUUGUAAAUUCAUAUAAUUAUCUGGUGUUUUGUCCAUUAUUCGGACAUUCACAUACAACAUUUUUUGCUCAAAUCGCUGACACUUUGAGUGAUGCUGGACAUAAUGUGGUUAGUUAUUUUUAAAAAUAUCGAAGUAAGAAAACUUUGACAAAUUUUGAAUUUUUAGACGUUUUUCACUCCGACAAUAGUGGAAAAAUAUGAGAACAUGAGUUAUGUUAAAUCAACAAAGCACGUUGUUAAAUUGAAAGCUUCUGAAGAGUUAAAUCAACUUGGAGUGCGACUCGAAUCAAAUGAUAUUUCGAAUUUUUGGUAUCGUGAAUCUACUAUUUCAGAAAUUCUACCAGUUAGUUCAUACUAAAGAUUAUUUUCAAAGCAUGCGUAAUUAUUUUUUAGACAAUCGAAUUGUUUCAAAAAAUGUUUCUAGUUCAAAGUGAUAACAUAUUUGAUAACAUUGGAGUGCUAGACGAGUUGAAAAACAAAAAAUUUGAUGCGAUAAUUUAUGAAACUUUUGUUCUUGUAGCUUAUCGUGAGUUUCAACAAAUCAAUUUCCCAAAUUAUAUUGGUUUUUACAGCUAUAAUCGAUUAUCUUGGAAUCAAGACACAAAUCCCUGCAAUUUCAAUGACUCAUGAUAUUGAUACAGCAAGAGUAAUCGGUGAAACUAUUAUGACAAGUGCAGUUGCUGAUACAAUGGCACCGUUCGGAGAUAGAAUGACUUUGAUAGAAAGGACGAUUAAUUCACUAGCAAGUCCGAUUAUCAAAACUUUCAUCGGUUGGCCAACUUAUUAUUCAUUCACUCAACCAGGAAAACCAUUAGAUUACAUGAAAAUGAUACCAAAAUCUACAUUUUUACUGAUAAAUUCGAAUCCUUAUAUGGAUUUUCCUCGACCAACUAUCACAAAAACAGUUCAAAUUGGAGGAAUAUCUGUUGAUAUGGGAAUAAUGAGAGAUGUUAAAGUCGAUCAAGAAUGGAAUGAUAUUUUGAAUAUUAGAGAAAUUAAUGUUUUAAUAUCAUUUGGAACUGUUCAACAAUCUCAAUUUAUGCCUAGUUCUUACAAGUGAGUUUAAACUUGAGCAAUAAGAAUAUAACUUUUGUUAACACCUAAACAAAAUUCUACACUUUUUCUUGAUUUAUAACCCAUCACCCGGCUUAUAAAAUAUACCUAGUCAAUUUAACUAACCUGAUCGCAAAUUGACCAAUCGAAACCAAACCAAAAACGAACUCUUUCCAAAAAAUCGAAUUGAACAAAUGUGCAAACAAUCUGUAAAAAAACAUGCUUUUUUAAGAGAAAAAUCACACAAAAACAAGCAAAAAUUGCAAAUUUGACGAGACACCGAGAAAAACAGAAAAAAACAGAAAGAACUGACAAUAAAAACACUGCGCUGCAAUACCAGUCAAAAUUAUUUUUUUGAGACUAUAAAGUGAGAGAUUUAGAGAAAAAAAUUUUUGAUCUACCAGAAAAAUUUUUGAAAAUUUUUGAGGUCUAGCGACUUUGGGUAGUAAACUACACACUGUGAUUCCUGAGAGACGCAGACAUUUUGUGUGAUCUCGCAGCGAUUCACUUGAACGACAGGAAACAAUACGAUUUCCUUUUUCUCUGCGUCUCAUUCAAAUUGCAAAAAAAUAUUGUGAAAUCUGUAUACACCAAACACUGCUCGCAAUAACUUACAGUAAAUAGGUUACGGUAAUAACCGGGUUUUUAUAAUCCACGAAAUUAAUUUGAGUUGAAAUUGUUAGUGGCAUUGUGAAAUUUUUAAAAACUGAAUAAUGAUAAAAAAUUUUAUAUCAAUUCACCAUUUUUUCAAAGGUUCACGCAAAAAUUAUAAAAAUUUAAUUUAACUUUUUUUAUUUUCAGAGCUGCAAUUAUCGAAGCAUGCUCGAAAUUACCAAACGUAACAUUCAUUUGGAAAUAUGAAGCUGAUGACUACAAUAAAUUCAAUCGAGACUUGCCAAAUAUCAUUUUCCGAAAAUGGAUUCCACAAAGAGCAUUACUCGUGGAUUCCAGAGUUAACGUAUUUUUCACACACGCCGGUCUUGGAAGUGUUAAUGAAGUUAGCUAUAGUGGAAAACCUGCAAUUUUGGUAAGUAAAAAUAAUGGAGGAAAAUUGAGAAUUGAAACAUUUCAGUGUCCGAUAUUCGCUGAUCAGAUGAGAAAUGCAAAAAUGUUAUCGAGACAUGAAGGAGCAGUUGAGUUUUCGAAAUUCAAUUUGGACAAUUCUGAAAAAUUAGAGACUGUGUUGAAAGAAGUUUUAUACAAUCCCAAAUAUGCUGAAAAUGCGCUUGGACUUGCAAGAAGAUUAGAAAAGCAACCAAUAAAACCGAAACAGUUACUUCUGAAACAUUGUGAAUUUGCAGCCGAAUUUGGUGAACUACCAUCAUUAGAUCCUUAUAGUCGAAAUAUGUCUUAUUUUUCAUAUUUUAUGAUUGAUAUAUUUUUAAUUUUGUCUGUAAUUGUAAUCGGGUUAUUUAUUCUAGGAUUUUAUAUUUUGAAAAAUUUAUUGUUUAUUGUCAAAAUGAUUUCAUUCAAGAAAAACACAAAACUUGAAUAG